AUGUUGCCUCGCUCUGAUAAUGUCCGUCAUAUGACGGACGAAAGCUUAGCACGUUUUAACCAGAAUCGAAGUAGAUUGCCUCCGAAACAGCGUCAGCAUGAAUGUUCCAGUAAAGCCAAUCGACAGCUGGUUAAAAGGAAUCCGCCGUCGUCUUCUGGUGGAAGCGACCUUCAAAUAUCUUCACCCAACACUUUCACUCGAAAUGGAAAUAAGCUCAACAAUGAUUAUUCUUAUGCCUACACUUUGUAA